CCUGCCCUGGAGAGGAGGGAAUUGUCUAACGGCUUCUACUAUUGAUUUCUGCUUCUCACUUCCCUGUUGCUGUAUCUGUAAAGUUCAAAGAUCUGACAAGUCUCAACUUCAGUCCGUGCAACUAUGCCUGAGUGACAGGUUCAGCAAAAAUCUGAAAGCUUGUCUGAGAAGCAGAAUCUAAGCAGAACAGGUGCAGCUAGUCUUACACCAAGCCGCCUCACAGGUGAUACUGACUGACUAGUCUCCUGUGCCAAUGGCGUUUCACUACAUCAUCUUUGGGCGAACCAAGCCAGGCUUUCUAUUACUGGCGUUCAUCAUCUGCUUCUGUAGAUCCAGAGUAAUUGCCCAGACGGAUCCAGCCAAUGUUUCAAAGUUACAAGCAAUCGCUGUAAAUGAAACCACUAUAUUCGUACAAUGGGAAGCACCCCCUUCCAUUACGGACUUCAAAGUAUUAUAUACUAAUGGUUCAGCUGAUGGAAAAAUGAAUGUAACUAAUAUAAAUUGCACAAUAGUCAAUCUACUUUCUGGGGAGAAUUACAACAUCACAGUGUAUUCAGUGAAUGGAACCUUGGAAAGCUCUGGUGUCACUACACCUGUUACUACAUUGCCCUCUGUAGUUGUUGGAUUAACAGUAACCAAUAUAUCAGGAAACAGUGUGACCAUCUCAUGGAAACGUUCUAAUGAUAUAAAUGCAAGAACUUACACAUACAACGUAACCGGGGAAGGUCCCGGAUUUCAGAACAUGACAGAUUUAGGCAAUAACAGCAUAAUAGUGCACAGUCUCUUACCAGGAACAGACUACAAUAUCACAGUCUAUGCAGUCACUGAAAAUAAAAUUUCAAGCCGGGCUUCUGAAAUGGCUAAUGCCACAACUUUGCCAUCUGUAGUGAAAGGUUUGAUCGUAUCUAACAUAUCUACUAAUCAAGUGACAGUUUCUUGGAUGGAAUCCAAUGACCCAAAUAAUAAAACCUAUACUUAUACUGUGGAACUGCAAGGUUUUAGGAAUCAAACUGAUUUAAACAGCACCAGCACAGUUGUGUCAAAUUUAGAGGCGGGAUCAGAUUACAAAUUUAAAGUCUAUGCGGUCACUAAGAAUGAAGUUUAUGGUCGAGCUUCUGACAUUAAAAAUGCCACAACAUUGCCAUCUGUAGUUAAAGGCUUAUUCAUAUCUAACAUAUCUACUAAUGAAGUGACAGUCUCUUGGAUGGAAUCCAAUGACCCAAAUAAUAAAACCUAUACUUAUACUGUGGAAGUGCAAGAUUUUAAGAAUCAAACAGAUUUAAACAGCACCAGCACAGUUGUGUCAAAUUUAAAGGCGGGAUCAGAUUACAACUUUAAAGUCUAUGCGGUCACUAAGAAUGGAGAUUAUGGUCGAGCUUCUGACAUUAAAAAUGCCACAACAUUGCCAUCUGAAGUUAAAGGCUUGAUCAUAUCUAACAUAUCUACUAAUAACUUGACCGUCUCUUGGCUGGAAUCCAAUGACCCAAAUAAUGGAACAUAUACUUAUACUGUAGAAGUGCAAGGUUUUAGGAAUCAAACAAUCAGUUUAAAAAACACCAGCACAGUUGUGUCAGAUCUGACGGCAGGAUCAGAUUACGACUUUAUAGUCUAUGCAGUCACCAAGAAUGACGUUUAUGGCCCAGCUUCUGACAUUAAAAAUGUCACAACAUUGCCAUCAAUUGUUCCUACAUUUGCGAUUUCCUCCAAAACAAAUCAGUCUGUGAUUCUUAACUGGAGAUUCCCUGAAAAUGUUAAUGUGGUUACAUAUACAUAUACUGUGGAGGUAACAAAUAGCACUUAUAAAUACGCUGUUCAAAAUAUUAACAACAGUUUCACAACAGUGGAGAACUUACUAGCUGGAGAAACAUACAAUUUUACGAUCUACACUGUGACCAUUAAUAACGUUUCAAGCUUUCAAUAUCCAUUUAUUACGGACACAACAAUGCCAAAUGAACCACACAAUCUUGCUGGAAAUAUUACAGGUAUCACCGAAAUAGUUGUUUAUUGGACACCACCUAAGGAUGUUCACACAAGUUUAUAUGAGUACAAUGUGGCAUGGACAAAUGUAAAACUAAACAAAGACGAAGGACCAAAUACAACAAGCGACACACAAUUCACCAUCAAGAGCCUAUUUCCAGGAAAUCUCUAUAGAAUAACAGUACAAUCUGUAUUUAGAAAUACAACUAGUGAAAAUGCUGUACACAAUUUUCAAACCAACCCAGUUUCUACACAGAACUUUAAAGUUAAUACAACCAACACCACAGCAACAUUACAAUGGGAUCUCCCAUUUUAUAGCAACAGUAAUGUGGACGGUUAUCGUGUCAUAGUUCUGCUAAAUGAAAUUACUGUUUACAACAAUACAACAGAAGAUAUGAAGCAUGAUGUACCUGGUUUGAAACCUGGAUAUAUAUAUGAGUUCAGUGUGGAAAGUUUUGCUUCAAAUACAAUUGCUCCACAAAAGAGAAGUCUCAAUCAAAUGAAUUCAACAUGGAUCUCAUACAGCACACCACAAACCACAACAAAGGCGACAGUACCAGAUCCUGUCCAAAAUGUUAAAUGCUCAAAAGUCGAUGGUUACCGGAUAAGAGUGGAAUUUCAGUGUCCAGUUGGCAAUUAUUCUGAAAUCCAAGUGGUGGUCAAUGAUAAGAGCUAUAACUGCAACUGUACUAGAAGCAAUGUAAUAUCUGGCCUUCAACCUGCUAAAGGAUACAUGGUUAAAGUAGUGACUCUGGGAACAGAUGAAAGUGCUGUCACUGACAAAUUUGAAUGCUACACUGAUAGUACAGGAGUUAUUGUUGGAUCUGUAUUAGGGAUUUUAUUAUUUCUUCUUCUCAUUGGAUUAAUUGUUUACUUUGUCUUCAAAAUGAGACGGUCAAACAAGAAGUCUGAUGAUAUAUACAUUGCUCCUGGAAGAAAAAGAUUUCACACCAUAUCAAAAGAAAGGUUUAAACAGCAUUAUGAAAAUAACCAUGCAAACAGUGACUUUGGAUUUGCAGAAGAAUAUCAGGAACUAAGCUCUAUUGGAACAGAACAGUCAAAACGAGAAGCUGAACUACCAGAAAACAGGGCAAAGAACCGUUUUACUAAUGUCCUUCCAUAUGAUCAUUCUCGAAUCAAACUGACCAUUAUCAAUGAAUCAGCCACUACUGAUUAUAUCAAUGCCAACUUCAUGCCUGGUUACAAUUCUACGAAGGAAUUUAUAGCCAGCCAGGGUCCUUUGCCGAACACUACUGCAGAUUUCUGGAGGAUGAUUUGGGAGCAUCAUGUUAACACCAUUGUAAUGCUGACCAAUUGCAUGGAAAAUGGCCGGGUAAAAUGUGAACGUUACUGGCCACUGGAUUACACACCCUGUACUUAUGGUGAUAUUACAGUUACUGUUACAUCAGAAACUAUCUUGCCUGAGUGGACAACUAGAGAUUUCUCAGUUAAACAUGCAAAACAAUCGGGAGUACAAACUGUUCGUCAUUUUCAUUUUACGGCUUGGCCUGAUCAUGGGGUUCCAGAUUCCACCUUAUCUAUAAUCCAGUUUCGUAAUCUUGUCAGAGAAAACAUGGACCAACGAAGGAGCAAUGGACCCACUGUUGUGCACUGCAGUGCGGGAGUUGGUCGUACUGGAACUUUAAUAGCUUUGGACUACCUCAUCCAGCAGAUGGAGAGGGAGCAUCGUAUUGGGAUUUAUAGCUGUGUGGAGAAGAUGAGAAUGAACAGGAGUCUAAUGGUGCAGACAGAGGAACAAUAUAUAUUUCUCAACAAGUGUAUGCUGGACCUAAUUGACCAAUCUUCAGAGGAAAAUGUUUAUGAAAAUCAGGUUCCCUCAGAUCUCAUCUAUGAAAAUGCUACAGUGGUCCGAAAUUUCCAAAAAGACAAUGCUUAGCUGUAAAGCACUGAGGAUCUUUGCACUGGAGCUGAUGAGAGCAAUAUGGACAUAGCAAUGAUAUAACCUUCCUGUGAGCUUUCAAAGGAUGUUCAUAUGUGUGUUUUUAUUAGCUUUUUUUUACAUUGUCUAUGGUCUGAAUCAAGUUAAAUAGGGAAUAGAUAGCUACAGUAAAUGCCAGCAGCUGCCACUAAUAGUAAAUCCCACUCUAUUUGAGAUCAGAAUGGGUAAAUAUUACCACUCAGGGUCACCAGUCAAGCAUAUUUUAUUUGUGUUGGCUUUGGGGGAAAAUUCUCCCCAAGCCCAGUUCUCUCCUAAACCAGAGGUUGUUGACUACCAUCUCCUAAGUAGAACUGAAGGCAAAACGUUUUUCUCACUUUGAAUAGGGUAUGAGAGAGUUAUAUCCUCUGUUAGUUUUUUUCUUUUUUUUGCCAUCUGUCCCAUUUUGCCUCGUACACACGACCAGUUUUCCUGUCGGGAAAACUGC